GCUGCUCCUUUGACUGGAAUCUACCAUUUCGACUCUCCAGAGCUGUAGCUUGCCAAACCCGGUCAUAUCUAGGCGAUAUUUAUUUAUUUAAAUACAUAGGCUUUGUGAUGUUGCACGCAUAGUCGCCGCUAUAAGCAGCAGCCACAUAACAACUUCACUUUUCCUGCAGGCGAUAGUUUUGAAAACAACUGCGGUAUUGUAAACGCGGGGCACCCGGAUUGCAAAUGGAUUAGUCUAUUCUUUUAGAUAUUGUUCGUGUUUCUACAUACUUCAUGUAAUACCAAGGAUAUCAAACACUUCACCGACACCGCAAGUCAUAUCGCAUUUGUAGUUCUUCCUUUUGUUUCUUAAAGAGAACAAAUUACUUUGAAAAAACAACCAUGUCUAGAAUGCUGAGCAGGGACCUCCCGGACAUAGAGAGCAUCCUGGCUUUGAAUCCCAGGGUGAAGAGCCAUGCUAUAAUCCAUUCAACAGCCUCAAAGAAAAAGGAGAAGAAACACUGGAAGCGAAACCCAGAGAAAAGCUGUGAUAGCUGCGUGAAACUGGAGAACAAUUUUGAUGACAUCAAACACACAACUCUGAGUGAGCGUGGAGCACUUCGAGAAGCAAUGAGGUGCCUCAAAUGUGCUGAUGCUCCAUGUCAGAAAAGCUGUCCGACUAAUCUAGACAUUAAGUCCUUCAUCACCAGCAUUGCAAACAAGAACUACUACGGAGCAGCGAAGGCCAUCCUGUCAGACAACCCCCUGGGACUGACAUGCGGCAUGGUGUGUCCCACCUCUGACCUCUGUGUGGGAGGCUGCAAUCUGUAUGCCUCAGAGGAGGGGCCCAUUAACAUCGGCGGACUGCAGCAGUUUGCAACCGAGGUUUUCAGCAAAAUGGGAAUUCCUCAGGUACGAAAUCCAGAGCUCCCUCCCCCAGAUCAGAUGCCUGAGAGUUUCCACUCAAAGAUUGCCCUGAUUGGCUGCGGACCGGCCAGUAUCAGCUGUGCCUCCUUCCUGGCCCGCCUGGGCUAUGACAACCUCACCAUUUUUGAGAAACAGAAGUACAUUGGUGGAUUAAGCUCUGCAGAGAUCCCCCAGUUCCGGCUGCCCUACGAGGUGGUGCAGUUCGAGAUAGAUCUGAUGAAGGACCUGGGCGUGCAGAUUGUGUGCGAGAAGGGACUUGGCCAGGAUGGAAUGACUCUGGACACUCUGAAAGAGGAGGGAUACAAGGCGGUCUUCAUCGGAAUUGGUCUGCCACAGGCUAACAGGCACAAAAUCUUUGAUGGACUGUCAGCGGAGCAGGGCUUUUAUACCUCCAAGGACUUCCUGCCAUUGGUUGCCAAGGCCAGUAAAAUAGGGAUGUGUAGCUGCCGCUCUCAGCUGCCAGAGCUCAGUGGCAUCGUCAUCGUGCUGGGCGCGGGCGACACGGCUUUCGACUGCGCCACCUCGGCCCUGCGGUGCGGUGCCCGCAGAGUCUUCGUCGUAUUCAGAAAGGGAUUCACAAACAUCCGAGCCGUCCCUGAAGAGAUGGAACUAGCGAAGGAGGAGAAGUGCGAGUUCCUGCCCUUCCUGUCCCCCCGUAAGGUCAUCAUGAAGAACGGACUUGUGUCCGGCAUGGAGUUCUGCCGAACUGAGCAGACAGACUCGGGCGAAUGGAUUGAGGAUGAGGAACAAGUUGUGCGCCUGAAAGCAGAUUACAUCAUCAGCGCAUUCGGGUCUGUGUUAAAUGACCCUAAAGUGAAAGAAGCCAUGGCUCCUAUCAAGUUUACCCGCUGGGGUCUCCCCGACCUGCACCCUGAGACCAUGCAGACCAGUGAGCCGUGGGUGUUUGCCGGCGGGGACAUCGCGGGUCUGGCCAACACCAGCGUGGAGUCGGUCAACGAUGGCAAACAGGCUUCCUGGCACAUCCACAAAUACAUCCAGGCCAUUCAUGGCCAGACCGUGGACAGCAAGCCCAAGCUUCCCCUCUUCUACUCGGCCAUCGAUGCAGUGGACAUCAGCGUGGAGAUGGCAGGGAUCAAGUUCCCCAACCCCUUUGGCCUCGCCAGUGCUCCUCCCACCACCAGCACCGCCAUGAUCCGCAGGGCCUUCCAGGAAGGCUGGGGCUUCGCCCUCACCAAGACCUUCUCCCUGGACAAGGAUUUGGUGACCAAUGUCUCUCCACGCAUUGUGCGUGGGACAACAUCAGGCCACACCUUUGGCCCCGGGCAAGGCUCUUUCCUCAACAUUGAGCUCAUCAGUGAGAAGACAGCGGCGUACUGGUGCCAGAGCAUUACUGAACUGAAAGCAGGCUUCCCUGAUAAUAUUCUUAUCGCCAGUAUAAUGUGCAGUUAUAACAAGGCCGACUGGACCGAACUUGGAAAAAUGGCUCAGGCCUCUGGAGCUGAUGCCCUGGAGUUAAAUUUAUCCUGUCCACACGGGAUGGGGGAGAGGGGCAUGGGGCUAGCCUGCGGGCAGGAUCCAGAACUGGUGCGGAACAUCUGUCGCUGGGUCCGACAAGCUGUCACCAUCCCCUUCUUCGCCAAGCUGACCCCCAAUGUCACCAACAUUGUAGACAUCGCCAGGGCCGCAUACGAAGGUGGCGCAGAUGGCGUUACAGCAACUAACACCGUCUCUGGGCUGAUGGGACUCAAAGCAGACGGCACACCCUGGCCGGGCAUUGGCCAAGGCAAGCGGACCACAUAUGGCGGUGUGUCUGGAAAUGCCAUCCGCCCCAUAGCUCUACGUGCGGUGUCUGCCAUCGGCAGGGCCCUGCCUGGCUUCCCCAUCCUGGCCACUGGAGGCAUUGACUCUGCUGAGGCUGGCCUGCAGUUUCUCCAUGCUGGUGCCUCUGUCCUGCAGGUAUGCAGCGCGGUUCAGAACCAGGACUUCACCUUGAUUGAGGAUUACUGCCUGGGACUGAAGGCCCUGCUCUACCUGAAAAGCAUUGAGGAGCUGCACGACUGGGAUGGGCAGUCUCCCCCAACAAUGCGCCACCAGAAGGGGAAACCAGUCCCCAGAGUGGAUGAGCUGGUGGGGAAGAGUUUGCCCAGUUUUGGCCCUUACCUCACAGAGAAGAAGCAGGUCUUGGCAGAUUAUAAGCGGAAGCUGAAGGACAUCAAUGAUAACAUUGUGAUCUCAGACAUCGACAUAAAGAAGUACACCCCUAAGAAGCCGGUUCCAGCCGUGAAGGAUGUGAUCGCGAGAGCUCUGAAACACAUUGGGGCUUAUGUGGAUCUGAACAACAAGGAGCAAGUGCAGGCACUUGUGGAUGAGGAGAUGUGCAUCAACUGUGGGAAGUGCUACAUGACUUGCAACGACUCAGGAUAUCAGGCUAUUACAUUUGACCCCGAGACCCAUCUUCCUGUAGUUACUGACAGCUGCACUGGUUGCACUCUGUGCCUGAGCGUGUGCCCCAUCAUCGACUGCAUCAAAAUGGUUGCCAGGACAACGCCUUACGUGCCGAAGAGAGGCCUCCCGCCUCAAGCUGUUGAGCCUGUUUGCUAAAGGAAGCAGGCGACAUUCAUUGAAAAAAAAGGAGAUAGAGUCUACUUCACAGCAUUGAUUCCACUCAUAAUUGCAGUGUGAAAAAUUACCUUUAUUAUAAAAACGAAUAAUUAGUUUGUAGAAAUAAUUGCCUUAUAUUCCCAAGCCAAUUAUCCAGAAAUAAUUGUGCAAGCGCAAAUAGUUGCAUUAUUUCUAAACAAUAGCCAGCAAUGUUUUUUUUCCCUCUGUCAAGGCUGUGAUAAUGAGACUGAAGGGGAGGUUUUCAGUAAUGGAUGUUUAUGUGCUGCGUAGUCUGUGCCACAGACGGCAGCAUUUCUAACAAGCAGGACGGUGGCAGUCCAUCCACAAGCUUACAGCCAUAAAUGAGACAUUAUGUGACAGAGAAAAUCAUCAGACAGACAAGAAGUCGUAAUGAACAAAGAUAAAUAGGUAUUUACAUGGCUCUGAAGUAUUCUGGACUUGAUUGUCUGUGUAAUAUCAGCUCUCAUACAUAGUGGAGGCAUUGUUUUCAACAAAUGUAAUGUGUUUACUCUCCCCUUCAUUGACAAGCUAUUCUGCUUUUCGCAAAACAGGAGAAUAACAGAGAUUUUGAUCACAUGCAGUAUUAAUUACCGUAUAUUAUUUUAUAUAGACUAGUUAUAUCAAUAUGAUAAUUAUUUAUACCAGUCAACUAUUUAACCUUCUAGUAACUUUUUUCUCAGUUAAUACAGUCCAAUGUGCAAAUAAAGUGUAAUGCACAAUAGAAAUGCACAUAACUUUAGUCAGUGCAGUGAGUAAACAGUCAACUUUGUUCAUGAACCUGCAUAUAUACAUGUCAGUCUGUUUGAUGUUGUCAAUACCAGUUUCUAAUUUAACUCAAGUCAUUCAAUAUUUAUCUAGUUAAAAUAGUUAUGCAAGCAGCUAUGCAAAACAAAAGAAACCUUUUGAAGUGCUUAUAUCACAAUACGUGCUCAGAAUACAAAUUCUGUUUCAUUUAAGUUGUGUUCUUAACAGGGGCCAUGUCCACGCUAUACAAGCCAAACUCUAUGGCCAUGUUCAAAAGUGUUUUUUUUUUUUUUUUUUGAGAAGGUUUUCAUAAUUACAUUUGGAAUUUAGACUGUGAUCAAAUAAACCAGGGGUUUUCAAUUGUGAUGCCUGUUAUUAGUGUCUGUACAGUCUAUAGUGAGGUUUUUUUUUUUUUUU